AUGUCGUUCACGGAGAAGAAGGCGAUCAACCGCAGCAUCGGACGUCGACUCGUGAUCUACAACCUGAGGAAGUACCUGGGCAAGGAGAAGGGGCUGGACGAGCACGACAUCACGAACAAGGUCAGGUUGAAAUUCGUCUCCCUGUGUCUCGCCGUGGCCGAAGCGUACGAGCAUCCACCCACGGACAUCAGGACGGCCAUCUACACGUUCUACCGCAACAACGUCAACAAGGUCACGGCCGGGUCGAUCCACGAUCCCGCGUGCUCGGAGUUGCAGGCGUUAGCGGCCACGUCCGUGAUGGCGAUCAGAUGCGGCGUCGCGAUGAAGGACCUGUGCUCGGCCUUCUCCUCGAUGUCCCCCAGGCUCGUGGGCUACACCGAGGCCAGAACCCCGUCCGUGAAGAACUUCAGGGCCAUACAGCCGAAGCUGACCGAGCACGGCAGGGAGUACGUCUACGCGAACAGAGGCAGAGCCACGUACGACCUCGAGACCUUGAAGGAGAUCGUGAGGCUGAUCGAGAACAUGUACGUGAACUUGUACGCGCACAAAAUGCGGAUCACGAAGUUGGUCGUGUAG